ACGAUAAGAGUGUUCUAAGUUUUACGUCUGAAUCAGUGACCUGUAAACUUUUUUUCUAUCAUUUUUCUGUCCCUUUCGCGUACAUUAUAUCAAACGGGAAGAUUGUUUCCUUCUCCUCUUGAGAGUGAGAGACAGAGAAAGAGAGAGAGAGAGUGAGAGAAAGAAAGCAGUCAAGGACUUUCUGACUCACUGGUGUCAGCGAUAUCGGGUUGUUGGUUGGUUGGGCGAACACGAACCCUCCCCUUCUCUCUCUCUCUCGUCUCUGCUUCUUCUCUCUUUCUCUCUCUUUCUCUCUCUCUCUCUCUCUCUGUCUCGAGCUCUCCUCCUCAUCGGCAUCGUCGUUAAGGGAGCGGCUGCUCGUCGUCGUCGUCGUCGUUGUCGUCGUUUAGGAAGUGGUGGGCGUCUCUUCUUCCUCUUCGUCUUGCAGGAUUAUACGUUAUGGCAACUUACGCGGCUUACAGACACGUCGAGCUCGACAACGUUGGUUACGGAAAGAAGAGAGUAUUGAAGCCACCAGGUGGUGGAAGCAGCGACAUCUUCGGCUCAACUCAAGACGAGACCAGUCCACGCCGUGUGAAGAAUCACAAUCAAUCUCAGCUUGGUAGCGCAUUAUUCGGUGACGCACCCGAUUCCAGCAACAACAGCAACAACGCGACCGGCAAUAUGGAUAACAACGGCGGCGAGAUUACACCACGCUCCGGCAAGCCCGGUAAUGAUUCAUACAAUCGCCUGUUUGGCCCUCCCGAUGCCCCACCCACAACCCCAAACGCGAAAAAUUACAUGCGCAGCAAUAUACCCCUCAACGGGGAUGAUACAACGUCGCCCGCGAAAAGUACAUCAUCCAGCAACUCGAGCUCGAGUAUCGUCAACGGCUUUACCAAUAACAACAACUCUAACGUCAACGAUAUCACAGCUUUUAGGAGAAUCAAACGAUUUCGAGGAGCGUCCUGCAUGCCGCGCAAUCCAGUCACCGGCGACGGAGUCGACGUGACGCCAUUGAGGCGCACACGAAGGUGUAGAGAUGGUAAUCCAGUAACCGGAACUGGUUAUACGUCUGAGACACAGAAUGGAGGUUCAGCGAUGCAGAAUGGAACAGGCAGCUCAAAUUCCAGCAUAGGUGAGAAAUCGAAUGGUUCGUCACCAACAGGAAAGCCAGCAGGAACCCGUACUCGCGUCCCACCGGGUGGAUACUCAUCUGGUCUUUGGUAAAAAGGGUUGGUCCAUCUCUCUCAGCAGCAGCAACAUCAAUAUUAGCAUCCCGUUUCCAUCUUAGAAUGUGGACUCGAAGACAAAAUUUGGCGUGUCAACGGUUGAAGAAAGGAUAAAAGAGAAGAGAAAAAAAUGAUAAUAAUAAAAAGAAACACAACACACAAGCUCUAUCAUCUUAUUCCGACUCUUGUCGUACGAUUUCUGUAGCAGGAAAAAAAUGAAUGGAACUAACAACAACAACAACAACAACAACAGCAACAACAGCAAAAUUACAUAUAAGCAAAUGAUAAACAAAAGAAAAUACUAGCCAUCCAUCCAUAAUUAAAUAUUCGAUUUUGAGAACUUGCAUAACUUUUAGCUGAAUGAGUCAAAGAAAAAAAAAAGGAAAAAAAAGAAAAGGAAAAAAAAAAUAAUAAUAAUAAUGAUAAUAAUAAUAAACCGUUCAUCGAUCGUUGAUUUGGUACUCUCGGCUUAUAGUUUCGUACGUGAAGAUAAACUUUAUCAUAAAUUACUACUAUACAUAUACACACAUAGUACUUUGAUAAAUCCAUCGAACGAGAAAAACACAAAUUUUUUUGAUCAUAUUACACGACACACCCACUAUCUCUCAUUUUCUCUGUCUGUCUGUCUGUCUGUCUGUCUCUCUCUCUCUCUUUCUCUCUCUUUCUCUCUCUCUCUCUUUCUCUCUCUUUCUCUCUCUCUUCUGUUUUUUUCUCUUCGUUUUUCCAACUUCGACUUUUCAAAUGACGCAACCCCCAAUUGUCUACGUUAUCAUCUUCUUCUUUAUUCUCGUCUAAUAAAUAUAUUUCGGCCGAAAAUUAAAACGAAUAAACGAAAAACCGAACGGCCUGCCUAUCCUUCUCGUCGCGAUCAUUGUUUAGAAUUAAUCUCGACUUAGUCGAGAACCCUAAGAGAAAUAAUUUCUAGAUAGUGGUGGUUAAUCGAUAUUCUCGAUUGUAAUGAUCAAAAGUAAUAAUAAUUAAUUAGAUUACAAUGGACGAGAAGAGGGGGAUAAAAAUUAAACAAAAAGAAAAAAAUAUAAAAAAAAAAAAAUACGAAACCAACUUAUAAUCUUCUCCUAAAUAUAAUUAAGAAAGGAAAAACUAAAAAAAUUAAAAAAUAUUAAAAAAAAAAUAUUAAAAAAAAAGAAAAUAAUACAAAAACAAGAACAACAGGAAAAGAGUCGCAGUCGUCGCGGAUACUCCCCCCCUCCAGAGAACUGUGUACUAGAAUUAGUCAUGUGAUAAUAUCUAAAAUAAAAAUACAUGAUGCGUUAAACCCAUUAAA